AUGAACUUCCUUACGGGCACCUUCCUUUUACUCGUGGCUCAUGGCGUCAUCGCCAACACAUGCGUCCAAAAAGGACCGCCGGGUCUCGUUCUGACUGACAACGGCCCGACCCGCCUUGUUAAUGGGAUGUACGUGAUGGACGGCUUCGAUAUCACGGUCACUUUUGCCCCAGCAUCGCGCGAUACCUCAGCAGGCCUUCUCGAGCUCGCAAACGGAGGAUCCACGGUCAGAUGGGUUACGAUCUUCGCUGCGGAUAAUGUGCGCUACAGCUUUCAAGUCGAUGGCGCAACGCGGUGCAAGACCAAUGUCAAGAUGGUGAAGGUGCAAGGAGCGCACUUCUACAAGAGUAUGUAUAUGUUCAAUGUGACUAUGCCGAACUACUGGGAAACGUUUCUUUUUUCUGUCUCCAGAUGGUUUAACAAAUUUCUCAACGGAAUAAACUUGGAUGGAAUCCCUGAUGAGGGACGACGCAUCAUCCGAAGCGAGGAAAUUGUCAGACGGACACAUUUCAGGGCCACGGUUGGCAAGAUCGGGAUACAGUGA